GAUGCCGUGUGUCUCAACCCCAACCAGCACGGCAAGGGAAUCUCCAAGAUCUACCUUGACCCUUACAUCGGGGCGAGGAUGCGGCCCCACCAGGUGGAGGGGGUGCGCUUCAUGCUCGAGGCCGUGCUGGAGGUGCGCACGCCCGGCUGCUCCGGAUGCGUGCUCGCAGAUGAAAUGGGCCUCGGCAAGACCCUGCAAGUCAUAGCGCUCAUCUGGACUCUUCUCAAACAGGGCCCCCAGGGUCGUCCCUUCCUGCGCAAGGCAGUGGUGGUGUGCCCGUCGUCGCUCGUUGACAACUGGGGCGCUGAG